GCAACAGGGAUACGCAUGGAGCCUCCAUCAUCUCCACUCUCUUUUACGCACCGAGUCCGGUAAUGCGCGCAGGUACCGGGACAUUCUGAGCAACCAAAGUGGACUAGUAUGAAAAACGUGCACGUGUAAAGAGGCGCGAUAAGGCACAGAGAGGAGGCACAUUUCUUGUGGAACGGUCUUGCUUUCCCGACAGCGCGCGUCAGCAUGGACGUCCUGGCGAACCACAGUAUCUUUCAGGAACUUCAGCUGGUGCACGACACCGGCUAUUUCUCCGCCAUGCCUUCACUGGAAGAGAACUGGCAGCAGACCUGCCUGGAACUGGAGCGUUAUUUGCAGACAGAGCCCAAGCGUCUGUCAGAGCUCUUUGACCAGGACUUGGACGGCCUCUUGACCCCGGCCUACCUGAAGGAGGAUGGCGAGGAAGAACUUGCAGAUGUCUUGCACCCCAGCCUACCUGAGCCCUCAAGCCCACCAACAGUGAUACUCUGCCCCACACGCAAAAACUUCACUUUCACCGCGUCAAUAAAAAGAGAACCAAAGGGCCCAGAAGCAACAGAAGGGGUUGAAGGGGCUCACCAAGCCCAGCUAAGUGCAGUUACGUCCCUGACGCCACCCUCGUCCCCGGAACUGGGCCGGCACCUUGUGAAACCCAGCCCGUCGCUGACAUCCUCCACUGAUGGGACGCUCACCCUCAAGCUGGUGGCCAGGAAGGUGGGACUCAGUGCGGCCCGGCUGGUGGCAGCACACUCACUUCCGGUCCGGGUGAAGGAGGAAGACGAGGGAGUACCGUGCGUGAUGGGCGAGCUGCCAGAGAACAAGAAACGGAUCCACCGCUGUCAGUUCAAUGGCUGCAGGAAGGUUUACACCAAGAGCUCCCACCUGAAGGCCCAUCAGAGGACACACACAGGUGAGAAGCCCUACAAGUGCUCAUGGGAAGGCUGCGAGUGGCGAUUCGCCCGGAGCGACGAGCUGACGAGGCACUACCGCAAACACACCGGUGCCAAGCCUUUCAAGUGUAACCACUGUGACAGGUGUUUCUCACGGUCAGAUCAUCUGGCGCUGCACAUGAAGAGGCACAUCUGAGGCAUUCGAGGAGAGGUCUGAAGGCAACGGGGGCAGGGAUGAGGGGAGAGAGAGAGAGGGAGCAGAAUCACAGAUGUAUGGAUCUCUGAUGACACCACGGGCUUGAACACAGACAGGCAACAAACGGGUCACACAAGACUCCAUUCAGUGUCAUUUGCUUCCCGGAAUGGAUGACCUUUAGUUGGCAGCUCUUUGUUUCAACUUCCGACUUUUGCCUCCCUUGCAAUACAAAAUGUCAGGCAUGUUAAUGCAGCAUUGCUUCACAUGCAGCCAAUUUAGCACUUGUACAUUUUGGUCCCCUUUGAGCUCAACGCCAUCUCACUGGGUUGCUGCAGCCUUUCUGUUCAGUCAAAGGUUACAUCAUCUCAUAUGAUUUUUCCAUUUGACCUCUCCCACCUACCAACUGGAGCUAUUUAUGAAUCAUUUUGGCCCGAUGGCGCUUGUUUGAAUCGGAUUUGGAGACUUGACAAUGGGAGCAUGCUUCAGCCAGCGGAGGUUGACUGAGGCCAUUUGUAGAGCUGUGCGGGUCUAUGGCCAUCAUCCAAAGGGUGUGUCUUGUGGAUGUGGUCAUCUAAUCUACUCCUAGGAAAGAGAGGCCAUCUCCCGUUGAACCGAAGCAUCGGAGACAUCCGGAGAGAUCGAACAGCUCCUCAGCGUGGCUCUUUGGAGCUGAAACUGUUGCACAAUUGACUCUUUACAAACCUUUUGUUAAAAAGUAAGGCCCCGGUGCAUCAGACUGGGAGGCACAAGUCCAAGCAUUUUUCUGACUGUAAUAGCACAUCAGACAGGAUCGGAUCGCUAUGUAUGUAAAGGCUAUAUGUUUCUAAGCAAAGAUCUCCUAUUUGUUCCGAAUAGACCAUUCUGAAGAACUCUUUGGGAAUGGAUGCAGCCAAAUACAAACUGCAGAUGCCUGAAAUGAUCUCUCGGGCCUUUGAGAGUGAUUGGCAUCUGACAAGCCAACAGAUUGCUCUCCAUGCAGAACUUUUCCAAUUUAGCAGACUUCCAUUCAAAAUGCAGCCGUCUCAGUAAAUCAGGCCCUAUGCAUCACCUAGGACUUUCCUGAUGACUUCUUGUGAGAUUUAUCUCCAGCUGGACAUAGAAUGGACUCGUUGGAGGACAAAUUCAAUCAAUUGGCGCCGAAUCAAUGUGAAUGUAUCUGUGUAUGUGUCUGUGCACUUGCAUCUGAAAACACAAGAACGCCGUUGCGGUCGCUUACGGUUAAAACCACACCUUUCCACUUUACAUGUCAUUGUUAAACUAGGAAGUCACGCCUGGUGGCUUGUGUCACGCAUUGUUCCGGUGGAACGGCAGGGGGGCCGGGAGAGCAGAUUUCUAGAGUGAAGAGGAAGAGAGGAAGGAGCAGAUCUGCACACUCAGCAAAGAUAACUGCCCUAUCAGCUCCUGAAACGACAAAAGAGUAAGACCUCUAGAUACAAAGACAUGUAGUCACAUUUGUUCAUGGUGAUCUGACUCCUGAAUCCCACUCGCCAGCUCCGCGAAAUGCCUUUCGACCAGGGAGCACAGACAAAACAGAGGCCAUGCCAGGAUUCAGGCUGACUGAAACUGCAAUCCUUCACACAAUUGUCGGUCUGCAUUUGAUUAGGAAUUUGGAUUGAGUCCAGCACACCCACGACUCUAGUGAGGACAAGCGGUACAGAAAAUGGAUGGAUGAAUGGAUGACUUGAGUCAAGUGAGGCACUUUUAGGACAGGACUGUGAAUUUUGGCCAAUGGAGUGCACCUAUAAACCGCAGGUGUCCGUGUUGUAACACAGAAAUACACACUAUAAACCUCGGUUCAAACAGUCCAAGCAGGAGUAAUUCUAAACUUAAUCAAACAUACUUAAGAUUUGUCAGAUCAGAACACUAUCGCUCCAAAAGACUUCAAAACAUGAUGUUUUCAUCCACGUUACUACUCUGCGCCCGAAGCUUCAUGGGUACUGGAGUUAUUUUCAUGUGAAAAAAAUGUCGCUUAUCAUCCAGAAUUUACAUUAUGUACGACUCGUAGCUAGCAGUCCAACGCUACUUUCAGACGACAGGUCAGUCUCCAUUUUCUUUGCAACCUGUAUCUGAUUUAUUCAUGUCAGUGCCAACAGGACAAUUUUUUUUCAAGUCCAAUCCAGGCCUCUUUCAUAUUGAGGUCAUAAAGCUGAUGUGAGUCCGAUGAUACAGCAGUCUGAAUGUCGAUGUCGCCUACAUCAGACUUAUCGUUCAUUGAAAGAUGGCAAACGUCACAAUUCAUUCCCAAAAUAGACAGUCAGUGGCGAAAAGAUGAUGUUUUGGAACUGAUUGAACUCGCAACGUCAAUGUCCCACCGUUCCUCGGAACAGAUGUCACGGCAAGUGCCCCACAAACUGCCAUUGCCAAAAUUCUUCCCAUUUUCCUUCUUAAUCUUGAACACGGAGUCAUUUUGUUAAGAAAAUGUUUACUCUAGUUGCACUAAAUUCUUGAAAUUGCCAUAAGUGCAGCAGGACUGAGACCACGAAUCGGCCAUGUCUACCUCUGCAAACACACUUUUGUGCGCAUGCGUGUCACUCCCCGGAUGCAUUGAGUUCACAUUCCACACAUAUACAUAUUUUUUGGUGAUGUGAACGAUCACGUUAAAUGAGCGACGAUGAACAAAAUUCUGAAUUGGGCGUCAUACCCUAAAGUGUCACCCCCGAUUAUUUCAUAUGUAACUUGUAUCCGAUAUUUUCAGUGUGAAAAGUACAGUGGGACCCAGGCUCUUUCGGAUGUGGAUAGAAAACCCGAUGGUACCGCAGUCGCCGUACAGGUGGCAUACAUCAGCCGAUACAUAAUCAAAAAGCCGUGUGAGAGUUAGAGAAAGGUACUGACAGAUGGAGGCAAAAGUUUCAGAAAUCUGUGUCAGUGACCCACCAACUGCCACUGGCAAAAUUCAUUCCGUCUUCCUUCUUAAUCUCCCCAAAAAAUGUUGACUCCAGUUGCCACAAAUGUGCCAGGACUGGGCUUGGUCAUUUCCCGGACACAUUGUGUUCACGUUUCACACAAAUACAAGUCACAUUUGUUUUUGUAAUGUACAUAAAACCAUGGGCUUUGAAUACCCUGCUGUGUGAACGCAGCCCGAGUGUUCAGUCCAGGUGUGGAUUCAACUUGCAAAGCAAAAUGAAGUGGUUUGAAGCAUCAGUGGCAGCUCUAUGUGUGUUCAUGGUUGUGUGGCGAUGUGGUUUUUGUUUUCAUGGACAACCCUGGACUGGAACACCAGGAUACUCCCCAAAAAUCGGAUUGUUUAGAAUCGACUCAACUAAUUCCUCUUCUCACCUGUACACCGGAACACGUUUGAAAUGUGAAUGUUUACUUUUUUAAUUUAUUUUGUUUCUGCUGUUCACUACUGUGUCAUUUUAAAGAAUGAUUGUCGAUUCUGCUGUGCCUGUGUGUAAUUCUUUUGUCUGUAUUUGCACUCAUUUUUGGAAAAAAGUCACUAUCAUGUUUUUUGUCCACUCUUGCAUAUCACCCCUCCACCUCCACCACCCCACCACCGCAUAUCUGUACAGUUGUUGUUUUAUACACACACACGUGUGCACAUACAUGCAAGCACGCCCUCAGCGCCUGCAUGCAUGCAGACACUCCCUAUACAUGCAGGCGAACACACACACACACACACACACACUAGCUCAGCCUGAGGUGCAAGCUGCAUCUCUCCUGAAUUUUAAAUCAGACCCUUUUUUUCUACCGGCGUCUCCUCUUCCCCUCCUCGCCCUCACUCUCCAUCAGAUACCAAGCCCUUCUGCUCAUACAGUAUGUCCCCCUGCACCCCGCCCACCAUCCUCCUUUCUCCUCCGUAGUCUUUCUCUGUUUCUUUCUGCUGUAUAAAGUGUUUCAAGAUUAUCAUUUGUAUAUUAUGAUGUAUGAGUACGAUAAUGUUCUUUAUUAUGGAAAAAUGAGAAAGAUUUAUUUUUGUUACCGGUUUGUUUCAUAAUUCCUUUUUUUAAAUUGGUAUUGUACUAUCUCUAUGCAAGGAACUGUUUGUUUUUUUAUUUAAGAAUGUAAUUAUGUGUAA